AUGAAGCCAGGGAGCAUAUAUGAGGAUUUCGAUCAGAAGCAGAGGAAUAAUGAAAUUGCCCAAAGCAAGGAAGAAAGUUCUACAAGAUCAGAAGAUUUGCGUGAAAGCAAUUCUGUUGCCCUGUUGAUUGAUAAGCUGGAGGAAGAGGAGAAUGAAUGUAGCUGGAAAAGAAAAGAAUUUUUCAUGGAAGUGAACAAUCUGAGAGAGCCUGAAGUAUCCUGUAGUGUUACAGCCCCUUGUAGUAUUCUAGAACAUCUAGUAAUCACAGUUGUUAAUGAUUUAAGUUCAUUAGUUGUGAAUGAUGCAGAAGAACUUGUCAGCAAUGUCAUCUCUGCCGAGUGUUCGUUGAUUGACCAACCAAUGGCUUCUCCAAUCAUCAUUGCAAUCCCAUUUACUUCACGUUACAGAGGAAUGUACAAAGACAUAAUGGUGAAGGUGACUGACAUAAAUUUUCAGUCAAUUUAUUUAACUCCUACCUCUUUGGAAGGAUAUCAAGGUAACCAGAAGGGGACAGCUGCCAUGGUGAAAACCUGCCAGCUUGGUAUCUUUUCUGUUGUUUCAUGCUUAAAGAAGGAAACAUUGACUAUUCCAAGGAAAGGCCUUUCACAAAAGCUUAAUAUGGAUCCCAGAAUUUCAUUUUGCUAUCCACCAUCAACUUUCAGUUCUCGAGUGACAAUGCACCUAAAGAUUUUGUCCAGAUUUACUUCUGCCGAAAAAAAAAAAAGCAUUCACAUAGGUUGGCCACACAUGGGCAUUCAGGACCUCAAG